GCUGUCAAUAAUGACAGUUGUCAGCUGGUGGUUCAAAAAAAUGUCGAUAUUACCUAAAUAAAAACGGAUCAAGGAAAUAGUGAACAAAUAGAUAUAUAACUCCUACAUUGUACCAAAUUAGUCGAUAUUUUCAGUAAAAAUGUCGGCAAACGCUAAUUCUCUUCAAUUUGAAGAUGCCUUCGUUACUGAUAUUAAUCAAAAAAUGAAAGUACCCGAUAAAAUUAGCUUCAACCCUGAUUCCAAUGGAAUUUCUAGAGUUGAUUGGAUGAGAGAUAGCAUAAACAUGCAGGUACCAGAAAGAAUUCUUGUUGCAGGCCAUCAACAACAUGUUGGUACUAAAGCUCCUCCUAGAGAAAUCACUUUCGACAAAUCUAUUAUAGUCACAGAUCCUUAUCCUGGUGAUGUUCGUGUUGCUACUCCUCCUCGAACUUUAACAUUAGAUAGAUAUCCAUUUCCUGAUUUUGAAGAUCAUAUGGAAAAUAAAGAAGACAACUCUGUAAAGAAGCCAAGCACACAUUAUUUUGAAGAUAUAGAUUUCUUGAUGAACAAUAGGGAAUCGACUCCACCUAUUGGAGGUGGUGGAGGAGAUAGCUUAACUAGCACAGAUGAGGUUCACCACUUACGCAAACAAAUGACAAAGUUGAAUAGACGUAUUAUGGCUUUAGAAUUGGAGAAUAUCAACAGACUUCAAAGGGAGAAAUUUGUUCUAGGAUUUGGUGUUGCUUAUUUCUUAUUCAAAUUCAUAAUUUGGAUGAGUAAAGAAUAAAAAAGUGAAUAACAUU